AUAUAUAUCAUCACUCUUUAGUUUGGUGGGGUCCCUUUCAUUUUCCUUUUAUGAUGAUAUAUUUGUGGGAUCCUUCCAACCCUUCUACUUACUACUUUUCAAAUCUUUCCUUCAAUCUCCCCCACAAGAAACUACCACCAAACAUGAAUGGUAGCCAAAAGUGUUAGCUGUCAAGAUUCAAAUAAUGAAACCUUUUUAGCUCUUGAGUUCAUCCAGAACUUCUUGAAACUCAUAAAUAUGUUUCAGUUUUCUAUACAGAGCACCUUGACUGCAUGCAAAAGCUUAAGAACUAUGAAAACCACAUUGUAGCAUUAUUGACCUUUCUCAUGAAGUAAGCAUAUAUAGAAAUUUUCUAUUUGUUGGAGCUCAAUCCAUGGACUCCAUCUUCUUCCUUGAAGAAGGAGACCGCGCCGUCUUUCUCUUAAAGAUAAUGGAGUCCUUUGGUUGCACUUACAUAUGCCUCUGGCAAUACUUCCAACCUUCUAACAUUUUCAUGUCCUUUGGUGGAAUCUACAAUGGAGAAAAUGAUGUUGCCCAGAGGCUAUUUGAAGAAUAUAAGCAUUCAUUGCUUAUCAUGGAUAAUGGCCGCAUUCCAGGACUCGCUUUCAAGAACAAUCUUCCUUAUAUGGCGCUGCAGUUUGCAGAUCUUCAAACACAUGCAUCCAAUCCGGUGCAGCUUCAAUUCUAUCAGGAAGCUGGGAUCAAGACAACUAUCUGGAUGGGGUGCACCAUAGGAGAAAUUGAGCUUGGAAUGACUUCUAGCCCUCAAGUAAACUUGGAAAUGGGGAUGAAACACUUGUUGGCCGAAUAUUUCUCAAAUCAAGCGGCGGCGACAGCAGCAGCAGCAGCAAGACGAGGGCUUCCUCAUCAUCAGACAUUGCUGCCAAUUGAUCAAAAUAGGCCAUCACCAUCUUCAUCUUUCUCUCUCGAUAGCCCGGGAGAAUACUCAUCACUUCUCUUCAAUGUAUCUAGCACGUCGUAUGUACCAGAACCACCCCGAACGGAUACCUUUUCCGAGCAGACCAUAAGACCAGUUUCUGCCACUGCCAUGUCAUACCAGCAGCAAGCUAUUCAGACAUUUCAAUUCCCGAGAGUAGAAACCGAAGAUGCUGCAUUGACAAGAGCGUAUCUAGCGGUCAUGACAUCACCUUCUUCUUCCUCGUCCUCUCACCAAUCGCGAGAAAAUGUAGCAACAGAGCAUUAUCAAGUAGCAACACAAAAGGCCACUGCAUUCAGAAGGUUUAGAUCGGGUUUAGGUCCUAAUACUAAUUUGCAAAUAGCAGCCAGAACUCGACGAGAAAACAUCUUGAGAAGAUCCAUUACAUUCUUCAGGAAUUUAAAUAUGAUGAAAAGGCAAGAACAAAUCCAGGCGAGCCCACGUGCCCCCUCUAGCAAUCAGGUUCAUCACAUGAUUUCAGAAAGAAGAAGACGAGAAAAGCUUAACGAUAGUUUUCAACUACUUAGAUCUUUACUCCCACCUGGUACAAAGAAGGACAAAGCAUCAGUUCUUGCCAAUACAACAGAAUACUUAAGUUCUUUGAAAGCUCAAGUGGAAGAACUUAGUAAAAAGAAUGAAAUGCUGGAAGCACAAGUUAAACCUCAGAUGAAAUCAGAUGCCAUUAGCUCCUCCUCAUUUGAUGGAAAUGAAAGGGUAGCUGUUGAAAUAAUAAAUGUAGGUGAAUCAACAUCAGAAUCAAGAAUAAUGGACUUGCAAGUUUCAGUAAGAGGAGAAUGCAGCAUGUUGGAUUUGGUUACUCGUUUGCUGGAAUUCUUGAAAACUGACAACCAGGUAAGCUUAGAGUCAGUAGCAGCAAACACCAGGCCGAUGGUUCAAUCAGCACCAGUAACAACACACAUAACUUUGAGAAUUAGAAUUGAGGGUAGUGAAUGGGACGAGUCUGCUUUCGAGGAAGCAGUGAAAAGGGUUGUUGGUGACUUGGCAUAGGCGAGAACUUAGUCAGACUUAUAAAAUUCUGACUGGCGGCGCCUCGAAUUAUGACUAUAUUUCGCAAUUUGUCUCGUCGAUAUAGUCAUAGAGAUCACCAAUUAAUUUCCUAUAAUUACAAUCAUGUGAUUAUACAAUUUUGUUGCUAGUUUUACGUCGUUGUAGUGUGUAUUCAUAUUUUGAUCGAUUUACUAAUGUUGAAUAUUAAUCAUUUUAGAUUAUAAUUAUAACGUUCCCUCUGAUCA